CCACGUUGAUCCAACAAUGUGGAGCACUCCGUGCAUGCAAUGAGAUUCCCCAAUCAGAAACGAGAAGGCGUUCAGUAGAGUUUUUUCGGUGUAUUGGCGACCAUUAAUGGUCCAUAGUACUCCUCUGUUGUUAUGGUGCUUUGAUGAUGGAAACAGUGGAGUUGAUUAUUGAAUGAGUGCACACUAACUGUGAGUCAAAAAAUCCGGCCUAGUGUGUUGAACCGAACUAACCACUUGGACACGGCCGAUCCAUUAUAAGUAAUUGCACUUCCCUAUUGGCAUUCUGCACAAGUAAACACAGAAUUCGAGGGGUUUACAAAUCAUGAUGGUCUGAGGAGUCCAUCACAAUUUCUGCAGGCGACUUGAACCAAAUCUUGGAUUUUGCCCAAGGGAUGAGUUGCUCUUGCAGCUCUUGCAGCUCCUACUGUGCCCGUCGUGGCCGCCGUGGCCGUCGCCCCUUCUUCCAAGUCAAUGUCAUCCCUAUCAAAGCUUACUCAUCAUCAUGGCAGCUUGAGUGAUGUUCCAGCGACACCACUCGACGUGGAACAAGGCAAGAGAACUUCUUGGCAAGGAAAUCUUCAUCCACUCGCAUUGAGCUUUUGAGAGUUUCUUCUCAUUUUUCUCUACUUCUCAGGCUGAAAAAAACGAGUAUCUUUGCCUCUCAUUUUGGCCUCGAGGCCAAGACCAGCUUAUCCAGGAGUCGUGCUCGUGGCAAAGCCAGUCAACCCAAGCGCCACGAGCCCUUGUUUGGCUAGGACCUUGCCGACCAGAACAACGAGAACGCCGACGAGACAGAGGUGGUCGAGGUCGAGGACAAGGAGAACGAGUCGAACGAGGAGAACGAGGAGGCCGAAGACAUCGGUGCCACCAUGCGAGUGAUGAUGCAUCAUCCGCCAUAAAAGACGCCACUUUCAAGCUCCGUUUCCCUAAUAUCCUCUCAUCAUGGACAUGUCCUUUGCAAGCCUCAUCUCUUGGGUGGUCUUCCUCAUGCAAAUUUCAUCACCUAGGGAGAGCGAGGCCAGAAUGACGCUCGCGGGUGUGCCUGGUCAUGUCCAAGGAAUGGCAGCCUCCACGGUGGAGGACUGGACCCAUGGAUGUCCCCGGGGAUGCAUUUGCAAAUGGAUUUCGGGCAAGAGGACAGCGGAGUGUCAAAAUAACGCCUGGGACCGGGUACCCACCUUUGAACUGCCUGAUCGCAUUCAAGUGCUUCAACUCGCGAACAACCCCAUCUCAAUUCUUCCAAAGCAACUCUUUCAGGGACUGGGCAUAAUCAACGUUCAGAAAAUGUUUCUACAGAACUGCAACAUCACCGAAAUCCACCCUGAUGCCUUCCAAGGCCUGGAGAUCUUGAUUGAGUUAGACCUCCGGCACAAUGGAAUCCGACAGCUCCACCCAGGCACUUUCCUUGGCAAUAAACGAAUUCGAAAGCUGUGGCUGAGCCACAAUCCGCUUCACACGUUGUCUUCGUUUGCUUUUCCGAGCAUUCCUCACCUGAGAAUUCUUGACCUUUCUCACACCCGCUUAUCUAAAUUGGGUCGCUCCACUUUUAUGGAACUGGAGUAUUUGGAAGUGCUCCAUUUACGGGAUAACCACUUUCGCCGACUCGAUAAACGAGUCUUCCUUCCAAUGCAGCAAUUGAAAAGUCUUACGCUCGAAAGGAACCCAUGGCAGUGUGAUUGUAGACUUUUAGACUUUUGGCAAUGGCUCAUGAAAGAAAACCUCUUCAGCCUUCCCACCGCUUGUGAAUCACCACAGAAACUUCAAGACACCACGUGGGAUAAACUCAGCGUUGGUCUUUUGGCAUGCCCUCCAGAGGUGAUGGUCCCCGAACCAAUGGUCACUGUCUCAACUGGGAGCAGGGUUCAAUUGGGAUGUUUAGUCACGGAAAAUCCAGGGGCAGCAACUAUGACUUGGAUUCGCUCGGGCAUUGAGAUUGCUAACAAUUCGAGGCACGCUGAGGACGGCGCACAACAGAAAUAUGUGAUAACUACCGGCCUCUGGGACCACAAAUGGUUCCACCGAGGUCAAAAUUCCAUGGAGAACACUAUAGUGAGUGUGAUAGAUGGAGGUGAGCCUCAGGCUCACACCCGUGGUCGUCACGACUCGAGGAAACGUUGGUUCAAUCUGACUAUUGACAAUGUUCAUCCCUCUGGGUCAGGAAGCUACACAUGUGUUGCCCAAAAUAGUGGAGGCAAGGCCGUGGGUAAUGUGACCGUAGUCUAUUCUGAGACCGUGGCAACUUAUCUCGAGAAUUCCAAGAUCUCGGCCCUCCUGGUGGUUGGAACAGCGUCCGGAGUGUUAGUGUUUCUCUGUCUUGGUACAUUUCUUGUCUGCUUUGGAGUGCACAGGAAACAUGAUCAUACACGACGAAGACGGGAACAACAUCUGUGUUUGACGGCAUCUGGGCCCAAGUCGGGCUCUUCAUUGUUGGCAGAGAUGGAGGACAGACCAACGGAGAAGGAAAUGAAUGGUUCCACAAGUUUUUGUGUCGAGAGGACCAAGUCAUUUCGCUUGCAAAAGCAGAGAGCUAUUGAAUCCUUUCCUGAUAAUGAAGGACUGGACGACGACCUUGGACUCGAGUUCCGUCCGCACAAAAAGCUCAGUCCGAAAGAUGAGCAGCUCACUUGCCGACCCGAUGCUCAACAUGGCAUGAAAUCGGCAAAUCAAAUUCAACCCUCACCUUCCCCUCAUUCGCCGGGAGUGACCUCAAAGGACUUGAGCUCAAUCGAUCAUGAACGUUUGUGCCUGUCUGUGAUCCCAUCUGUUCACCUUGAUUCGGCCCCUUCUCGCCACGCAAGGGACAAACUCCGAGAAAAUUCGGGCCCAUCAUCAAGUUUGAUUGUCAAAGCCAACUCUUGCGCCUCCUACUCGGCAAAUUCUAUGCUCGGCAGUGAUGCCGAUAGUGGUCGGGGAAGCAUGACCGCGCCCACUGCUUCGAACGUGGCAAAAGCGUCGGCUUCAAAUCAAGUUGGACCAAAGUCAAAAUGUGGCAGAGACACCUUGUUGUCCUCGGCGUCUGACUCCUCUUCCAGAGGCCUCAAUCUGACCUCGCAGAGUGUUUCCUCGCCCACAGGGCACACAGCCAGUCCAAUGGACUCGACUAAUUCCAGCUGUUCCACUCAAAGCGCAUUCGGCCAUCACCAAAACAUUCUGGGCUCGUCUUCCUCCACAAUCAUAGCUGCUAAGGAGCAGGACCAAGGUUCCACUUCCACUUCGUCGGGAAACACGAUACGACACGCGUCGAUUCCGUUGAACGGUUGCUCCAUGAGUCUCAUGGAUAGCAUGUGGCGAGGUGGAGUCGGUUCAUCCACUCACCUAUUUGAUGAAUCAUUUGGCUCCUCGACGAACGGCUCUGGAACAGCGACUCCCAACGCCAAUGGCGUAGUCGGCUUUUGGUCCUCGGCAAAUUCUCCUUGUAAUAUGAGGACCCUGGCGAAACAAUCUAGGCGAUUCCAACCCAAUGACCUUGCCCGUCACCGACAUCCUGCCGGAAAUGUGAUUCACGCAGACUUUACCUUGCCUCGAGGUGAGAAUUUAUCAUCUGCUCGUCGUUUAGCGCUCAAUGGACCUGAUUUUCGAGCCACCACUCUACUAUCAGAUCGAAGACUGGUCCCCAUUUCCGGCAGGGACAGAGAAAUACGAGAAAUUUCUCCCACGAACCACUUAGGAACUCCAUUACAUCAGCAUGAACGGAAACGAAAUGGCAAUGCCUACGCUUUGUCGCCUUCAUCGUCUGCUUCUGUUUCUAUGGCCAAUGCGUGGCAGGCCAUGUCCAAAGAUGAGAGUGUUUAUUCAGAUGACGGUCUCUUCAUGAUGUCAGGGUUAAACCAAAAGAAUAACCGAGUCACCCCGGGCAAUGGUUCCACCACUAAUGGAGGUCUUGAAACUGAACUUCUGGUGCAAGAAAUCGAAACUCGGAGGGAACUCCUCGAGGCUCUUGUCAAAGAUAAACAAGACACCGUGGUCUGAUUUGUUAUUGUGAGUGCGCUCCAUCAAACGUUCGCCAGUGGUAAACGCAAGGAUCUGAACACAUAUUAAUGAUACAGACACGAGACCUGAUGUUGACCAAAUACAGUCGAUAAUUUCAAUGGCAA